AUGGCGUUCCACCCCCUGUGUCUGGCUGUGCCGAUAGCCUGGCUGGUAGGGAACAUCUUCCUGAACCAGAACAUCCGACCGGUUGGUGUGGAUGCCCAAACGGCCAAUCAAACGGCAGUGCCAUCUGGACCUCCAGAGGUCACCUUGGCAACGCCAAGGGCGGGAACAGAGGAGGAAGACACCUCUAACGGGGGGAGUCGUUGCUGGGGGUACUAUGACGUGAUGGGCCAAUGGGACCCCCCGUUCAGCUGUAAUGCAGGGAUUUAUCUGUUCUGCUGUGGAUCCUGCUACUACAGAUUCUGCUGCCAGUUUAAAGUUCACAGCCUGGACCAGACCUCCUGCUCCAACUACGACACGCCCGUCUGGGCCAACACGGGCAAACCUGCCGCGCCCGUCACCGAGGUGCAGGAAGAACCGGACCGGGACAGGACCCAUAUGAUCGUUUACAUCAUUUGUGGAGUCGUGGCCAUCAUGGUUCUAGUCGGUAUCUUCACCAAACUGGGUCUGGAGAAGAGCCAGGGGGGGCAGACAGACAUGACCAACUCCAGGACCCUGACGGAGUUACUGAAGCAGCCAGGGGAAGCAGGAGGCAGGGACAGGGGCGGUCACCAUCCAGUUGGAGCCAAUGGAAUCUCAGGCAGGUCUGCACGCACCAACAGCGAUCAUAACCAGCUCAAUAAUGCAUCUUUCUCUCCGUUGGCUCUCUCUCACCCACACAACAACCUGGGAGGUAACUUCAACAAGUACAGCUCUCUCAAAGCCAUGGAUACAUCAGGCAGAGAGUAUUACAAGAGUUACCCCAUGGUUGACUACACCCACCGGCAAUCUUCUCCUCCAUCCUUCCAGCCAAUCGCAUUCCAUCCGAAAGACAAGCCCUUUCUCCCGCCGCCAGACAUCCAAGCUCCUCUGGCUAUCACCAUUAACCCCGCACAGAUACCCAAACCCAAGAUCUCCAAAACCAACACCCACCCCCUAACCUCCAGCUCCGCCUUCAAAGCCUGGGACCCCAGUAAGAGUCAUGGCCAGCAUAGUUUACCUCACGUGGGGCAGCAGCAGCAGCAGCAGCCCCUGUCAAACAGCAGACGUCAGGCCUACUCCAAUAAGAGGCAGUUUAGCAUUGAAACGCUACCGGAACUGUUCUCUCAGCCGCUGGCUUACGGACAGUCACCGCACCUCCUCCCCAAACACAGGAGCCUCCCCACCAACAGCAAGACGGAGGUCACCGUCUGA